ACGGUGGCCGGUGACGUGCUCUGUGUAAAUGUCUCUGGACCACCGAAUAGCGUCCGAGACCAUGUAGUGAAUGAGUUUGUCUCUCUGCCCCUGGCCUAGCUGCGAUGGAACCUUGAUUUUACACCCUCUACAGGCUGGUUUUUAAUCCCUAAAUAGUUGCCUUAGAAGUGACUGUGAUGAUGUUUUGAAGUUUCCCAGAUGCACAUCUUGUGUGAAGGACAGACCAGAGGAGCUACAAACGCAUCAGAGAAUGAUGGUGCCAGAAUCGUCAGUAGCACUGAAUGCAGCUCCUCCCUGGAGGAUUUCCGGUCUCGCUUGAAAUCAAUUCUGUGUGAUCCCCACAAUGGCAGCUUGGCAGAGGGCUCCGGGUGCAAACUCUGCCCCAGGGACUGGCUGCUGCGUGGGGACAAGUGCUACUGGCUGUCUAAAGAGAGUAAAGACUGGACUGGGAGCCGUGACGACUGCUCGGGGAAGAGCUCUCGCAUGCUCGUGAUCCAGAACAGGGAGGAGAUGGAUUUCAUACAGGAUGUUACACAAGGUUCAAGCUACGUCUGGAUUGGACUUACGGUGACACCCGCAGGGGGGAAAUGGACCUGGGUGGACGGUUCCCCGUUAGAUCCAAUGCUCUCCCAAGUCUCAGGCUCUGCUGAAGGGAACAGCUGUGGCUGGAUAAGAGGCAGCCGGAUUCAGUCUGAGACAUGUGGUGCUGAGUUCAAAUGGAUCUGCCAGAAAGAAGCUGCCGUGAUAUAAACAGUUGGGUCUGAGGAUCCACUUUUGUGUCUCUGUAAUGCGCAGCAUCCUGGGUUUAGUCUCACGGGGCAGGAUUGUGGUUUUAGGCAGAGCUCUAAGCCGGGGGCAGAGCAGAGCCCCGGGAGGUGCUGGGACUCAGGUGCCCCUCGCAGUCACAGUCCCUCCCCUCGGUCUUUCUCACUGGGCUGGGGCUCUGGGGUGUAAUUUAUAACUGCCCCAAACCUGCAGGAAGUUACUCCCUGAGCUGCUUCCCGGGGUACCCAGGGCUCGCCACCACCUGCCCUUUGCCUGAAGGAGCCUUGUCUGUGCCUGCCAGGGGA